AUGGAAUUCAACCACGACAUUAUCAUCAUCGGCGCAGGGAUCUCCGGGAUCAAUGUAGCGUACCAUGUGCAAACCGAAUUGCCAAACUAUUCAUACAUUAUUCUCGAGGAGCGGGAGGCAAUGGGUGGGACAUGGGAUCUAUUUCAAUAUCCAGGCAUUCGGUCCGACUCAGACCUCAUUACCUAUGGAUUCUCAUGGUAUCCAUGGAAUCAGAGCCGCCCCAUCGCCGAGGGGAAAGCAAUUGCAACAUACAUCAAAGAGGCUGCUGCACAAUUUGGUAUUGAUCAACAUAUCCAUUUUCAGCAUCGAGUUACCCAAGCGGCAUGGUCAGAUACAAAGCAGAAAUGGACAUUGAUAGUUGAACAUGCUGGACUGGAGAAGUUGUACACAGCUACUUUUGUGGCAUUUGGCACGGGAUACUAUGACUACAAUCAACCGUUACCUGCGGAUAUUCCCGGUAUGGACCAGUUCACUGGGACAUUGAUCCACCCUCAGUUCUGGCCUAAAGAGGUCAACUACACGGACCAGAAGAUUGUUGUCAUUGGCAGUGGUGCCACGGCUGUAACUCUCAUUCCCAAACUUGCCGAGACGGCAGAGCGCGUUACCAUGCUCCAGCGCAGUCCGACCUAUAUUCUUAGCGUUCCCAACGCCGAGAUCAAAAAGACAUGGAUAGACUACCUUCUUCCACGGACCAUCGCACAGAGCUACCAUCGUCUGAGCUGGUUCCUUCCACAUCGACUGUUCUUCCUUUUCUGUCAAAGCUUUCCCCAGUUCUCGGGGUGGCUUCUCCGCUGGCGAAUGAUCAAGGAACUUCCAGACAACAUUUCCCAUGAUCCUCAUUUCAGCCCUCGCUAUGCUCCAUGGGACCAACGCCUCUGUGUUUCACCAGAUGGAGACUUCUAUCGAGCCUUGUAUACGGGAAAGGUGGACAUUAAAACAGACAGUAUUGAAGCUGUUACCUCAUCAGGAAUCAAACUAAAAUCUGGAGAGUUCCUUGACGCAGAUAUAAUCAUCACAGCAACAGGUCUUAAGCUACAACUGGCAGGGGGUGUAAAACUUGAAAUCAACAAAGAACCCUGUAUCUUGGCAGAGAAAUAUCUCUGGAGAGGCAUCAUGUUACAGGAUGUACCGAAUGCGUUUUUCUUUAUUGGUUACACAAAUGCAUCCUGGACGUUGGGAGUAGAUGCGAGUGCAGCAUUCAGCACUCGGCUCAUAAAACACUUGUCAUCAAAAGAUGCAACGGCAGCUGUGCCCCGGGUCCCAGACCGACUGAAGCUCCAACCGCGAAGAGUAUUGGAUUUAAGUUCGACUUACAUCACAAAGGCGGAUAAGAACAUGCCUAAGGCAGCGGAUCAGGGGUCCUGGUUGCCCAGAAAUAACUACAUCUCCGAUUUGUGGUUUGCAAAGUAUGGCCGGCUUAAUGAUCUAGAAAUCAUAACUCAACGCAGAGGUGGAAAGGACUAA